AUCAACCUAGGUUUGCUAGGAGGAAACAGGAAAUUGCACCUCGUGCACGUAGGAAGUUUUAUGCCUACAACUAUGAUUACAAUCCCAACAAGUUUAGAGCUGCAAGGAAAAUUCCCUGCCACUUUAAACUUGAUGUAGGGACACACACCAUUAACCAUUCCGGACCCAAACUGAAAUGGGUACCAAAAUCUUCCUCCUCCUAAUGCAGGAAGCCGCUAAGUACCCAGGUGUCUGGUACUUAGACAGUGGCUGCUCAAAACACAUGACAGGUGAUGCGAGCCUUUUGAGCAAUUUAAUUCCCUAUGAUGGUCCAAGAGUUACUUUUGGAGGAAGCAACGAUUUUGGCCUUACUAAAGGACUAGGAAAUCUUGUGUACAAGGGACUAACCAACCAAGCUGUAUCUUAUGUUGAAGGACUCAAUUACAACCUUCUUAGCAUAAGUCAGUUUUGUGAUAAAGGUUACUCCUUGAAAUUCUUCAAGGACAUGGCAUCUCUCAAGAACAUCUCCACAAAUGAAGUCAUUCUCACUGGGAAGAGAAUCAGAAACAUCCAUAAAGUGAUAUGGAAUGAUGUCAAGGAAGCAUGUCUAAUCAGCAAAGUCAAAGAAGGAGAAGUCUCUUACAUUCCUACGCAUCUAAACUUGACUGAUCUAGUCCUUGAAGCUCAGAGAAGCAAUCCGGAAAACUCAACACAGCGCUUAUCAAGCUCCGGAUUGGAUGGAACAGAGGCUGUAGGAACAAUUGCUGCUCACUUCUCAAAUGAAAAUCAAACAGAGGAGAGACGGAACAACAUAAGGCGCAUCAAAGAACUAUGUGGAAACAUGCAAGGCAUCAGGGAGAUUGCCGAAUCUUCAAAGCGCAAGAAGCACUGAAGGUUUUUUUUCAUCAAACCAGGGGGAAAAGUAUGUGAAAACAUUAAUUUGCUUUGAUGAAAACAUCUUCUUGUUUAAACAUUGCUUUAUUGGUUUAAACAUUGCCUUAAUAUUUCUCUUAAUUGUGCUUACUAUGCUUGAUUAUACCUAAUUCAAGUAUGUUUUUGAGAUUUAUUCCUAGCGCAUACAUUCAGGGGGAAUGUAAUUCAGGGGGAACUUAACUAGUUUUUGGAUAACAAUUGGUUUUGGCAAUGAAUUAUUGAUAAGCUC